CCUCUCGUAUGUGUAGCAGCAGGAGCGGAUGCAGUGCAUUAUUACAUUAUUCAGUAUGAACAUUGGUUUGAAAAACAUCUUGGCCGGAAGUGUUUGUAAACACGCUGUCCAGCUCAGCCUCGGCUUAACGUCGGUUGGUUACGAUAACGGCGCUGGUUGCGUUAUGACGGCGUGACAACACUUAAUAUUAAAUGCCCGGUAAAACGUUCAUGCACAUAUAAGGUUUUCCUUUCUUUUCACUGUAUCCAUUCAGCUACAUGAAGUAAAGCUAGCAGUGAAUGUAACCCGUGUGUGCAAAUGUUAAAAGCAAGCGUAACAAAUGGCUGUGACAGGCUACUUGUUAGACUUGUUAGUUCCAUUUUGGUUAAGAGAGGUGUAGCCACGGCGAGCGAGGGGAGGGGUGAAUCGGUGGCAGAAAUUUAUAGGGCGUAUGAGGAAGUUAUAGACGUGAAAAAAGAACAGCAGUGUCUUCGUUUCAGCCAAACACUAGGACACACCACUUCUAAAAUGCCUGGAAAGAAAGUCUGCAUCGUCGGCUCAGGAAACUGGGGCUCUUCGAUUGCCAAAAUAAUCGGGCACAAUGUCAAAGCAUCCAACAGGUUCGACCCCAUGGUGAACAUGUGGGUUUAUGAAGAAAUGAUAGACGGAAAGAAGCUAACAGAGAUCAUCAAUACGGAGCACGAAAACGUCAAAUACCUACCAGGUCACAAGCUGCCCAGGAAUGUGGUCGCUGUUCCAGACAUCACAGAAGCUGUCAAAGGGGCAAAGAUCCUCGUCUUUGUAAUCCCGCACCAGUUCAUCGGCAAGCUCUGCGACCAGAUGAAACCUCACAUUGCGGAGGGAACCAUUGGGAUAUCGCUCAUCAAAGGUAUCGAUGAGGGACCAGAUGGACUUAAGCUCAUCUCAGACAUCAUCCGAGAGAAACUAGAGAUUGAGGUCAGCGUCCUAAUGGGGGCCAACAUUGCCAGCGAGGUGGCAGAUGAGAAGUUCUGUGAAACCACCAUUGGGGCAAGAAAUGAGACAAACGGCCAUAUUUUCAAAGAGCUGCUUCAGACGCCCAACUUUCGCAUCACUGUAGUACAGGAGAGCGAUACGGUGGAGCUGUGUGGCGCUCUAAAGAAUAUUGUGGCAGUAGGUGCUGGAUUCUGCGACGGCCUCGGUUUUGGCGACAACACCAAGGCGGCGGUGAUCAGGCUCGGUCUGAUGGAGAUGGUCGCCUUCGCCAAGUUGUUCCGCAAAGGCCAAGUGAGCUCCACCACGUUCCUAGAAAGCUGCGGCGUGGCCGACCUCAUCACCACUUGCUACGGGGGACGAAACCGCAAAGUUGCAGAGGCCUUUGUCACAACGUCCAAGUCUAUCGUUGAGCUAGAGGCAGAAAUGCUCAACGGCCAGAAGCUGCAGGGUCCCCAGACGUCCGCUGAGGUUUACAAGCUCCUACAAAAGAGGGACAUGGUCAACAAGUUUCCCUUGUUUUCUGCGGUCUACCAGAUCUGCUUUGAGGGCAAAGAAGUGAAAGAGUUCAUCACCUGUCUGCAGAACCACCCGGAGCACAUGUGAUUGGACCAGUCUGCUGCAGACAUGUUCACGGCUGCUCCUUUAGUAGCAAUGUACUACCACUAGAGGGUGAAAGACAUUCAUCAGAUAGAAACGCACAAUGCAACAAAGUAAAUACACCCAAGAGCACUUUUACUUAUGAGUAUUUGUAUUGGUGAGAUAUCAAAAUAGAUAUUUUUUCUUAUCAAUAUCAAUUAUUGAUUUUGCUACUCAUUUUGUGGUAUGUUCUCUUAUAUUCAUUUGGCUCUUGUGUAGGAAAGUAAAACAUCAGUUCAUAUGCUUAAGUUUUAAAAUUAGUUUUUCAUCACUGGCACAUUAAAAUAUAGAGGUCCUUCUAAGGCAGACCACUUCUUUUAUUACCAAAAUAAUGUCAUAAUUUUGUAUGGGGGUACAUAAACACAACCCUGUUUGUCUCAUUUACUUUUCACUACAUGACAGUUUACAAUCUGAAAAUUAAAACUACGGGUAGUCCUUUUGUAUCUUCAUGUGGGAUUGUUUUUUCCAAUAAAAUCAAUUCAUAAGAAA